GUUAACUUGAAAACACUUCUGCUUAGCUAAAUCUCAGCUAACGCGACAAAAUGAGCAACUUGCAACUGCGUGCAAACGAGAGGAUGAAGCGCAAAUAUUUGCCACGUCCUCCUGACAAACCUCCAGAGCCCAAACGUCAGGGACAAUCCAGCCUUCAGACGAUGACAACUUCUGCCCAGACUCCGUCUGACCAGUGCGAGAUGGUUGAAGCGGUUUACCACGGACCUGUCUCACAGCUAACACAGAAUCCUUACUUCUGCCUGGGGGGAGAUACACCCAAAGUCCAGAUACCGUACCAAACCAUUCCAGGCCAGAUACCCCGCAAGUUAGCGAUAGAGAGACGUCGAAGGGAAUUCUUGAAGUUGGACUUUGAACAGCUUCUUAAAGAAAAACACAUUGACUCUAAUUUUAUAAUGCCAAGACAUCUGAGCAGUAAAGAUGAAGAUGGGACCAUGCCAAGCAACCCUGUGUCACCCUUUCUCCCACUGGAGAUAUUUGACAACGAGGACUAUGAUUGCCGUACUCCAGGUGACUGGCUUGCCCUGGGCGAAGCUGAAGGAUCGUCUGAUCAAAAACCCAUUCCUGCAAAAGCCUUGCUGCCCACAGAGAACAACAAAAGUGCCUACAGCUGGUAUUUAGUGGGGGUUCUCGACUAUAGUGAAGAUAAGUGCCAGUACCUGGUGCAGAAUGUUCAUAACAGAGAACAGACAGAUGAAGAUGGAGGAAUGUCUUUGCUACCAGGUGCUAAAUACUGGGUACCCAGAAUCAGACUCUUAUUCAGUGCCGAAGACCCACGUGUCUUUAUUGAAAGGCUUCAGUUUGCUCUGCGUGAGAGGGAAAAAAGAGAGUCUGAGCUUUUCUACAACUUGGCUCUUGACUGCAUGCCCAUCUGGGAGGGGACACCAUCUCUUGACACCCACAGUCUGAAGCGUAUGAAAAAACAUGUCCUUUCAACUCCUGGGCUCAGGCUGAAUAUAGUGGAGAAGUAUAUAAGAGACCUGGAGGAAGGCGUCAAGCGGGAAUAUGACCGUACUAUGAACAGCAUGAUCUUUGACAAAGUUGUAAUGAGUCACCAAGAGGAAUUUUCACACGUCACUUUACCAAAGAAGGACACUGAUUAUGUACCACAAAAAGGGUGCGUUUCAGUUCCUCACUUUGACUAUAAGAAGAGCUUUUUCGAAUUUGUCUCUCGAUUUCUGUUGACAAAAGCAGAGGUGAUCUAUGCAUUAUCUAAUGUGAAGUCUGAGUGCGACAAAGUAGCGGCCAUGAGGCUGUUCAACGUCACCACAAACAAACCGCGCCGUCUGGACGAGUUUGAAGUCAUACAGUCUCGUAUGCACACUCAGAUAAGCUUGUAUCUUCGGGAAACAUGGAUUGUCACACUGAGCAACAGCAUCCGUACCCACCUGGCAAAUGUUGGCCGGGGCGCAUACAACAUGAAUGAAAGUGUCUGGGACGUGUACAAAUCCUCCAAGCUUUACAAACUGAUGGCGGUGGUGCAAUUGCAUAUGCAGGACUCGCUGCGGUACCUUGUGCAGGAUUCACUGCUCAGCCUAACUCACCUUCUGUUGGAUGCCUGCCAAAGUGUGCUCACGUGUCCUCAGGACCUGGUCUGGGGAAACGACCUUCUCACAAGCCCAUACAAGCCAAAAAAGAACCCUUUGUUCUUAGUAGACAUGGUUCUGGACCAGACUGGGGUCCAUUACGGCACGCCACUGCAAAAUUUUGAGACGUCUGUUGUUAACCUGUUUGAUAAAGGCAUCCUGGCCACACACAAUGUUCCACAGCUUGACAAGUUUGUGAUGCAGAAGUUGUUUAUCGGCGGUGACCUUCUCAUGUCGGUUCAUUUGUGGGAACCAGAAGUAACUGAGCUGAGAGAGAAGGUCUGCAACGCUCUGAUACAAGCAGCCAUACCUCUCAGGGCUUAUGCUGCUAAAUAUGAGGACCAUGUAGAGCUGCACAACAUGGACAUUGAAACAUUUCUCAAUUGCCAAACGAAUGCAGAACAGACAUCCCAAGAAGUGAGGAAAGUGGUGGAACAACAGCUUAAAGAAAAGGAAAGGAUCGAACACUCAUUGCCGUCUUCCAUUGUGAUUGGUCCAUUUAUCGUGCGAGUGGAAGCUGUACGUCAGGCUCUCUCUAACAAAAGGAAAGCUUUUGCCAAGGCACUGCUGGAUCACCUCGCUCUGAAGCUACGCAAGAAGGUCGAUGAUGCAUGUGAAGAGUGGAACAUUUUGAGCAGGAAGUUGCAAGAGAAGCCCAAUAGCAUUGAGGAGCUGACCGAGAAAAGGGACUUGAUGGGACAAAUCCCAGAGCAGCUCAGGGGUUACCAGGAAAGUAUUGGCAAGAUCCUGUCAGAAUAUGAGCAACUAGAAGACUUUUUCUACUCUGUUUCAAAUGAGGACACCAAUAAAAAGUGGGCAGCUAUUGGAUGGCCUCGAAAGAUAAUCAGACAGAUGGAAGCAGCAGUGGUCCAGCAUAUGGAGGAUGAGGAACGCUUUCGAAAGAUCCAGCAAGUCAAUCAGAACAGCUUUGAGGAACACCUAGACUCUCUACAGAUGUUGGUUGCUGGGUUAGCAGGCCAUGGAGACAUUGAACAUGCUCAUGAGAUGGCCAACAAGGUGAAGCGUACAAGCAAGCAGCUUAUGGAGUGCCAGACAAUGGCCCAAACCUACAAUGCCAGAGAACGUCUGUUUGGACUUCCUGCCACGAACUAUGACCACGUACAGAAGCUGAUAAAAGACUUCCAACCUUUAAAAGACCUCUGGACCACCACCUCGGACUGGCUACGUUGGCACGAGAGCUGGCUCAAUGACCCACUGUCUUCCAUUGACCCUGAGCAGCUGGAGCGCAAUGUCUCAGAUGCUCACAGGACCAUGCAAAAAUGUAUUAAACAAUUCAAGGAGAUUCCUGACUGCCAGAUGGUGGCAAAUACUAUCUGCAGCAAGAUCGAGGACUUCCGUCCUCAUGUCCCUCUGCUUCAGGGUCUGAGGAACCCGGGAAUGAGAAGCCGCCACUGGGAGAUGUUGUCCGAACGCAUUAAGAUGACAGUCAAGCUGAAAGCCAACCUGACUUUCUCCCGCUGCCUAGAGCUUGGCCUGCAGAGCCACGUGGAGGAUAUAACUCAUGUAGCUGAAGUGGCUGCAAAAGAGUACAGCAUUGAGCAGGCCCUGGAGAAGAUGGAACAAGAUUGGGCAACAGUAGUUUUUGAUGUUGUGCCUUACAAGGAGACAGGCACCUACAUCCUAAAGAGUACAGAUGAAGUGUCCCAGUUGCUGGAUGACCAAAUUGUCAUGACACAGAGCAUGUCCUUCUCUCCCUUCAAGAAAGCUUUUGAGGGCCGCAUCACCACGUGGGAGAGCAAGCUCAGAAUGACUCAAGAUGUACUGGAGGAGUGGCUGAUCUGCCAGCGAACCUGGCUCUACUUGGAGCCCAUCUUUAGCUCUGAUGACAUCAACCAGCAGCUUCCUGUGGAAGGACAACGAUACCAGCAAAUGGAGCAAAUGUGGAGAACAGUCAUGAAAACGGCCUUUAAUAAUCCAAAGGUGAUUGUGCUGUGUCCAGAUGUACGUCUACGAGACAAACUGAAGAAGUGCAACACACUUCUGGAACAAGUACAGAAGGGUCUCACCGAGUAUUUGGAGACAAAACGACGGUCCUUUUCCAGGUUUUACUUCCUGUCUGACGAUGAGCUCCUGGAGAUUCUUUCCCAGACUAAAGAUCCCACUGCUGUUCAACCACACCUGCGCAAAUGCUUUGAGAACAUUGCUCAGCUUAAAUUCCAGUCAGAGCUACAGAUCACCCAUAUGUUGUCCGGAGAAGAGGAGGAGGUCAAGCUGUUCCUGCCAGUGAGGACGAGUGGAAAUGUGGAAGACUGGCUGAGGGAUGUGGAGAAGUCCAUGAAAGCCACAUUGAGGGAUAACAUUGAACGCUCACUCAAAGUCUACCCCGAGCAAUAUCGCACAGAGUGGGUGUUAUCGUGGCCUGGUCAAGUGGUGAUAGCUGGGUGUCAGGUGUUCUGGACCUCUGAGGUGUCUGAGGCUUUGGAGCAGGGAGACAUGGCCGACCGCCUUUAUCCCCAGCUGCAAAGACAGCUGGGUGACUUGGUGCAGUUGGUGAGAGGAGGUCUCUCGAAGAUGCAACGAGCCGUGCUUUCUGCCCUUAUUGUCAUAGAGGUCCAUGCUAAGGAGGUAGCAGCCAAGCUAGUGGAGCAAAAGGUUUCAAGUGUCAAUGACUUUGAGUGGAUCAGUCAGCUAAGGUAUUACUGGGCAAAAGAUAAUUUGUACAUCCGUGCGGUGAAUGCCGAGUUCUUGUAUGGAUACGAGUAUCUUGGUAACUCGGGACGUCUGGUCAUUACCCCUCUCACUGACAGAUGUUACCUGACCCUGACAGGAGCUCUACACCUUAAGUUUGGAGGAGCUCCUGCAGGCCCAGCAGGAACAGGAAAGACAGAGACCACCAAAGACCUUGGAAAGGCUCUUGCCAUUCAAACUGUGGUUUUCAAUUGCUCUGAUCAGCUAGACUUCAUUGCUAUGGGCAAGUUUCUGAAAGGACUGGCCAGUUCUGGUGCCUGGGCAUGCUUUGAUGAAUUUAAUCGUAUCGAUGUAGAGGUGCUGUCUGUGGUGGCACAACAGAUCACCACGAUACAAAAGGCCCAACAGCAAAGGUUGGAGCGGUUUCAGUUUGAGGGGACAGAGAUCCCUCUUGUCCCCUCGUGUGCUGUGUUCAUUACCAUGAAUCCUGGAUAUGCUGGCCGCACAGAACUACCUGACAAUCUCAAGGCUCUGUUUCGUCCUGUGGCCAUGAUGGUUCCCGACUAUGCUAUGAUAGCUGAGAUUUCCUUGUAUUCGUUUGGCUUCAGUGACGCCAAAGUCCUCUCUAAGAAGAUCACCGCCACUUUCAAGCUCUCUUCUGAACAGCUCAGCUCUCAGGAUCAUUAUGAUUUUGGUAUGAGAGCUGUGAAGACAGUGAUUUCAGCUGCUGGAAACCUCAAGAGAGAAAAUCCUGACAUGAAUGAGGAGUUGAUCUGCCUGCGGGCCAUACAAGACGUCAAUGUUCCCAAGUUCUUACAAGAUGACCUGAAGCUCUUCAACGGUAUAGUGUCAGAUCUUUUCCCUAACACAAAGCAGGAGCCAAUCAACUAUGGUGCACUUGACGAAUCCAUGCGCAAUGUGUGCACCAAGAGGAACCUCAAAGAUGUGGACGGGUUUAUUAGUAAGUGUAUUCAGCUGUAUGAGACGACUGUGGUGAGACAUGGUCUCAUGUUGGUGGGACCUUCUGGAUCUGGUAAAACCAAGUGUUAUGAGAUAUUGGCUGAAGCAAUGACAGCUUUGAAGGGCCAGCCCUCUGUGAGUGGUGGUGUGUAUGAGCAAGUUCAGAUAUCUGUCCUCAACCCUAAAUCUAUCACCAUGGGACAGCUGUAUGGGGAGUACGACUUGCUCACACACGAGUGGACAGAUGGUAUCCUUUCCUCUCUCAUACGUGGUGGGGUAGCAUCUAUGGACAAAGAUAAAAAGUGGUACAUGUUUGAUGGACCGGUGGAUGCUGUGUGGAUCGAGAACAUGAACACUGUGCUGGAUGACAACAAAAAACUGUGCCUCAGCUCUGGGGAAAUCAUUAAGCUCACUGAUGAGAUGACCAUGAUGUUUGAGGUGCAGGAUUUGGCGGUGGCUUCCCCCGCCACGGUGUCUCGCUGUGGUAUGGUUUACCUGGAACCCAGUAUUCUGGGCCUCAUCUCUUUUACAGAAUGCUGGUUGAGACGCCUCCCUAAACUCUUGAAACCAUACACAGAGCAGCUCAACUCCCUGUUUGAUCGAUUCCUGCAGGAUUCUAUCACAUUUGUCCACACAUCAGUAAAGGAGGUCAUCACAUCUCUAGACAGUAACCUUGCCUGUAGUCUGCUUAAACUAAUGGACUGCUUCUUCAAUCCUUUUGAUAUUAAACAGGAUCAAAGGCCACCACCUCAAAAGAAACUGGAGCGUGUGAAGGAGCUGAUUGAGCCCUGGUUCAUUUUUUCUCUGGUGUGGAGUGUAGGUGCCACAGGAGACGCAGCGAGCCGCCAGCGUUUCAGUACCUGGCUCAGAAACAAGAUGGCAGAGGAGAAGAUUCAAUUAUCUCUUCCAGAUGAGGGCCUAGUAUAUGACUACAGACUUGAUGAUGCAGGGAUUAGUACCUUGGAGGAUGAGGAUGAUGAAGAUGAGGAAAGACAAGUCCAGUGGGUCACCUGGAUGAAAUACACCAACAGUAUUGUAAUCACUCCAGAGACAAAUUAUGCUGACAUCCUCAUUCCCACUGUUGACACAGUGAGAAUGUCCUUCCUUAUUGAUAUGCUUUUAACCAAUAAGAAACCUGUGCUCUGUAUCGGGCCAACUGGAACCGGAAAGACCCUCACCAUGUCAGACAAGCUGCUGAAGAACAUGCCUGCUCAAUACGUCACACACUUCCUUGUCUUCUCUGCUCGCACCUCAGCCAACCAAACUCAAGACUACGUUGACAGUAAACUUGACAAAAGGCGGAAAGGUGUGUUUGGGCCUCCAAUUGGAAAGCACUUUAUCUUCUUUAUUGAUGAUCUUAACAUGCCAUUGUUGGAAACCUAUGGUGCCCAGCCUCCUAUUGAGCUGCUGCGUCAGUGCAUCGACCACGGAGGCUGGUAUGACAGGAAGCAGAUUGGUACUUUCAAGCACUUGGUGGACAUGAGUUUUGCCUGUGCCAUGGGACCUCCAGGUGGAGGCCGAAAUCCCGUCACCCAGCGCUUCACGCGCCACUUCAACUUCUUGUCCUUCACUGAAAUGGAGGACGCCAGCAAGAAGAGGAUUUUCUCCACCAUCCUCGGCAGUUGGAUGGGACCUGUGCCAGCCAUCCAGCCGCUGAAUGAUGCCCUUGUAGCUGCCACUAUCCAAGUCUACUCUACCAUUACCUCCCAACUUCUACCAACUCCGUCCAAGUCCCAUUACACCUUCAAUCUGAGAGACUUGUCUAAGGUCUUCCAGGGCAUCCUCAUGGCUGAGGCUGGGAUAAUACAGGACAAAUUGCAGCUGCUGCGGCUGUGGUACCACGAAAGCUGCCGGGUUUUCCAGGACCGCCUGGUGUGUGCUGAAGACAGGGACUGGUUCAACAGGCUCCUGACAGAUUGCAUUCAGGAGUUUGAUUGCAGGUUUGAAGAGGUAGUGUCAUGCCAACCUGUUCUCUAUGGGGAUUUCAUGAUUCCUGGAGCUGACCACAAAGUCUACACAAUCAUAGAAGACAAGGAAAAGGUGCUUAAAGUGAUGGAAGAAUACAUGGAAGACUACAACCAGACUAGCACCACCAAAAUGAAGCUGGUGCUCUUCAUGGAUGCCAUUGAGCAUGUGUGCCGCAUCAGCCGCAUCCUGCGUCAGCCCCUGGGCAAUGCCCUGCUGCUCGGAGUGGGCGGUAGUGGACGCCAGUCACUCACCAAGCUCGCUUCGCACAUGUCAGAAUAUGAGUGUUUCCAGAUUGAGCUGUCUAAAAACUAUGGUCAAACAGAGUGGAGGGAGGAUAUCAAAAGCAUCAUGCUGAAAGCUGGUCUCCAGAACCAGCCAAUCACCUUCCUCUUUGUAGACACACAGAUUAAAAGCGAGUCUUUCCUGGAGGAUAUCAACAACAUUUUGAACUCUGGGGAUGUUCCCAACCUGUAUGCAGCAGAUGAGCAGGAACGCAUCCUGACAGCAAUGAAGCCAGUCGUGCUGGAUCUGGGACAGCAGCCAACGAAAGCCAACCUCAUGGCUGCUUACAUCAGGAGGGUCCGCAACAACAUCCACACUGUGCUCUGCAUAAGUCCCAUUGGUGAGGUUUUUCGUGCACGGCUGAGGCAGUUUCCCUCGCUGGUGACGUGCUGCACCAUAGACUGGUUUAGCGCUUGGCCAGAGGAGGCUCUGCUGGCUGUGGCCACAUCUUUUCUUAAUGAGCUGCCUGAGCUUGAAGCCAGCCCCACAGCCAUGGAGGGACUGACAAUGAUGUGUGUGAAAAUCCACCAGCUGGUUGCCAAAAAGUGUGAAAAGUACCUGGCUGAGCUUUCCCGCCACAACUACGUCACACCAAAGAGCUACCUGGAGCUGCUCAAAAUCUUCUCAGCUCUCACUGGACGCAAGAAGAAGGAAUUGUGCAGUGCUCGUCAGCGCAUGAAGACUGGUCUGGACAAGCUCCUUAGCACAGCAGAGGAUGUGAGUAAAAUGCAAGAGGAGCUGGAAACAAUGCGACCCCUGUUGGAGGAGGCUGCUCGAGAAACUGAAGUCACCAUGGAGACCAUCAAAAAAGAUACGGUGGUUGCAGAGGAGACCCGGAAGUCAGUGAAAGCAGAAGAAGCCAAAGCUUCAGAGAAAGCCAGUUUUGCGGGGUCCAUCGCGGCAGAUGCCCAGAGAGACUUGGAUGAGGCUCUGCCGGCACUGGAUGCUGCCCUCACCAGCCUCAAGUCCCUUAAUAAGAAUGAUGUCACUGAGGUGCGAGCAAUGCAGCGACCUCCUCAGGGAGUGAGACUGGUUAUUGAAGCUGUGUGUAUUAUGAAGGGCAUCAAACCCAAAAAGAUACCCGGAGAGAAGCCUGGCACCAAGAUUGAUGACUACUGGGAUUCUGGAAAGGGUCUGUUACAGGAUCCUGGCAAGUUUCUUGACAGCCUAUUCAAUUAUGAUAAGGACAACAUCCCUGACAAUGUGAUCAGUUUAAUCCAGCCCUACAUAGAUAAUGAGGAGUUCCAACCAGCCUCCAUUGCCAAGGUCUCCAAGGCUUGUACAUCCAUUUGCCAGUGGGUGCGAGCAAUGCAUGUGUAUCACUUUGUGGCCAAGGGCGUAGAACCUAAAAGGCAAGCUCUCCAGGAGGCUCAGGAGGACUUAGCAGGAACCCAGCGUAUCCUGGAUGAUGCCAAAGCAAAGUUGGCCGAGGUGGAGGGUGGAGUUGCCACUUUACAGGCCAAGUAUCUGGAUUGUAAAGCUAAGAAAGAUGAGCUGGACCACAAGUAUCAACUGUGUGAGGCCCGACUCAUCCGAGCAGACAAGCUUAUUGGCGGACUGGCAGAUGAAAAAGUGCGUUGGAAGGAAACGGUACAACAUCUGGAUUACAUGAUUGACAAUGUAACGGGUGACGUGCUGCUGUCGGCAGCAUACAUAGCCUACCUGGGGCCCUUCACUGGAGAAUACAGGAUAGCCAUGGCAGAUGAAUGGCUGAAUUGUUUCAAAGAGCUAAAUGUUCCACACACUGACGGACCCAGCCUCAUUAGCACCCUCGGAGAUCCAGUCAAGAUCCGCUCCUGGCAGAUAUCAGGUUUGCCCAAGGAUAACCUUUCAGUGGAGAAUGGUGUGAUUGCCUUGUACUCUCUGCGCUGGGCUCUUUUCAUUGAUCCACAGGGACAAGCCAACAAGUGGAUCAAAAACAAGGAGCGGGACAAUGGAUUAGAGGUUAUGAAGCUCAGUGACCAAGAUUUCCUACGCAGUCUUGAGAACACCAUUCGCUUUGGUAAACCCUGUCUCUUGGAGAACGUAGGAGAGGAGCUGGAUCCUGCUCUGGAGCCUGUCCUGUUGCAGCAGACAUUUAAGCAGCAAGGGGGCACGGUGCUGAAACUGGGUGAAUCAGUCAUCCCCUACCAUGAAGACUUCAGGAUGUACAUCACGACCAAGCUGCCAAACCCACACUAUUCUCCUGAGGUCUCUACCAAAGUCACGCUCAUCAACUUCACCCUGUCACCCAGUGGUCUAGAGGAUCAGCUGCUGGGGCAGGUGGUCACUGAGGAGCGUCCAGACCUGGAGGAGGCUAAAAACCAACUGAUCGUCAGCAACGCCAAGAUGAAACAGGAGCUGAAAGAAAUUGAGGAUGAGAUCUUGUGCAGGCUCAGCUCCACGGAGGGAAACCCAGUGGACAACGAGGAGCUCAUCCAAGUGCUGGAGGCUUCCAAGGUCAAAGCUGGAGAGAUCAAGGCUAAAGUCAUGGCGGCGGAAAAGACCGAACAGGACAUUGAUGCCACCCGUCUGGAGUAUGUCGCCGUGGCUGGCCGUGCACAAAUCCUCUUCUUCUGUGUAUCUGACCUGUCUGGUGUUGACCCCAUGUACCAGUACUCUCUUGAGUGGUUCCUUGGUAUCUUCAUGGCUAGCAUUGCCAACUCUGAGAGAGCAGACACAGUGACGGAGAGAAUCAACAACGUCAAUGAGUUUUUCACCUUCAGCCUGUACAGCAAUGUGUGCCGCAGUUUGUUUGAGAAGCAUAAACUUAUGUUUGCCUUCCUUCUCUGCACUCGCAUCAUGAUGAAUGAGAACAAUAUUGACAUGGCUGAGUGGCGAUUCCUGCUAUCUGGAGGAACCCCUGCCCAGGAGAUGACCAACCCGGCAGUGAGCUGGCUUUCAGAGCGGGCAUGGCGGGACAUAGUGGCCCUCAGUGCUCUGGAUAACUUCAACAACCUGGCAGAGAGCUUCACCAAACAUCUGCAGGCUUUCAAGAGAAUGUUUGACAGCAAUCAGCCUCACAGGGAGAUGCUCCCAGAGCAGUGGGACACAGAGCUAGACUCCUUCCAGAAGCUGUUGAUCCUGCGCUGUCUGAGGCCUGACUGCGUCAUUCAAGGCCUGCAGGACUUUGUCUCAGCUCAGCUGGGACAGCACUUCAUAGAACCUCAGACAUCAGACCUGUCGGUGGUGUUUAAAGAGUCGUCUCCUUCCACUCCCCUUAUAUUUGUCCUUUCCCCGGGCACUGACCCCGCUGCAGACCUCUACAAGUUUGCUGACGUCAUGCAGUUCUCCAAGAAAAUGAAUGCAAUCUCUCUGGGCCAGGGCCAGGGUCCCUUGGCUGAAACUAUGAUGCAUGCUGCCAUGGAGAGAGGUCAGUGGGUCUUUUUCCAAAACUGUCACCUGGCCCCCAGCUGGAUGCCAUCAAUGGAGAGACUAAUCGAAAACAUUAAUCCAGCAAGGGUUCACAAGGAUUUCCGUCUGUGGCUCACAAGUCUCCCCAGCAACAAGUUCCCAGUGUCCAUUCUACAAAAUGGUUCCAAGAUGACCAUUGAGCCUCCUAGAGGCAUCAAGGCCAACCUACAGAAAACCUACCUGAGGCUGAAUAAUGAUUUCAUCUCCUCCUCCACCAAGAUGACAAACUUCAAGUCUUUGCUGCUGUCUCUGUGUCUCUUCCAUGGAAUUGUUUUGGAGCGAAGGAAGUUUGGCCCUUUGGGCUUCAACAUUCCUUACCAGUUCACAGACGGAGACCUGAACAUCUGCAUCAGCCAGCUCAAAAUGUUCCUGGACGAGUACCAGGACAUCCCAUACAAGGUGCUAAAAUACACUGCAGGGGAGAUCAACUAUGGCGGCCGCGUGACUGAUGAUUGGGACAGACGAUGUCUGCUCAGCGUGCUGGAAGACUUCUACUGUCCUGCAGUUCUUUCUGAUGAUCAUGUCUACUCCACAUCUGGAGUCUACCGGCAGAUAGACACAGAUCUGGAUAUCAAGGGUUACCUGACAUACAUUCGUGGCCUGCCCAUCAACGAUCCACCAGAGAUCUUUGGUCUCCAUGACAAUGCAAACAUCAGCUUUGCCCAAAACGAGACCUUCACCCUGCUGGAAACUGUGGUUCGCCUGCAGCCUCGGGGCAUGUCUGCUGGGGGAAAAACUCAAGAAGAGAUAGUGGAGGAGAAAGUGGCAGGCAUCUCUGAAAAGAUCCCUCAGCCUUUCAGUGUCCACGAAGUGAUGGAAAAAUACCCGGUCCUCUAUGAGGAGUCCAUGAACACCGUGCUCAUCCAGGAGGUCAUCAGAUAUAACAAGUUGCUGCUGGUCAUCUCUCAGAGUCUCAGUGACAUUGUGAAGGCUCUGAAGGGUUUAGUGGUGAUGUCAUCAGAACUGGAGCUCAUGGCCCAGAGCCUGUUCAGCAACACAGUCCCUGAUGUGUGGAAAUCCAAGGCUUACCCCUCCCUGAAGCCUCUGGCCUCCUGGGUGUCAGACCUGCUUCAGAGGAUCACUUUCCUGCAAAGAUGGAUCCGUGAUGGCAUUCCGCCUGUCUUCUGGAUCAGUGGCUUCUUUUUCCCACAGGCUUUUCUCACUGGAACCCUUCAGAAUUACGCCCGCCGCUACAGCGCCUCCAUCGACACCAUCGGUUUUGACUUUGAGGUGAUAGUGGCGUCCGUGUCAGAGAUAACAGAGAAACCAAACGUGGGCUGCUACGUCCAUGGUCUGUUUCUGGAGGGCGCUCACUGGGACAGUAGUGCAGUUCAGCUCAAAGAGUCCAAGCCCAAGGAGCUCCACACAAAAAUGGCCGUCAUCUGGCUGAUCCCCAAACCCAACCACAAGCCGUCGACCUCUGGGGUCUACGUCUGUCCCGUCUACAAGACCCUGACACGUGCUGGGACACUCUCCACCACCGGUCAUUCCACCAACUAUGUGAUGUCAGUGGAGCUGCCUACAGAUCACAGUCAGGGACACUGGAUCAAAAGGGGAGUCGCACUCAUAUGUGCACUGGACUACUGAACACACACAUAUGGUCCCAGCUCGCCUCACCUCGACUCCGCCACAGCACGGUUUAGGUCGGUUUUCCACUACUGCGGUGACUUAAUUUUACAUGCGACAAACACAAAUUAGUCACUCGUAAAGCUGUGGUUUUCAGUGUAACUGAGUCAUUAGAAUCAGUUAAUUAAAACUGUUUAUUCAGUACUUCCUCCAUGAGGUACCAGGUACUAUGCUAGUGGAAAUGCAACUUAACUGUGCCGUGCCGAGGUGAGCCGGUAAAAACACGCCAUUACUGUGUGUAUGCUUUAUCCUUCAUUUCACAGCUACGAUGACUGCUGGAAUAAAUUUUGUGCAAUAAUUCAAUCUCUUCAUAACCAUCUUUUCAAUUUUAUUCAAAUAUGUUGAUGAUAAUAACCUGGUUGAAAUGAUUCGGUGCUGGUGUUUUUUGAGAUUAAAAAAACCAAAACGUUA